UAACCAUCACUUAGGCUUGCUUCACCUUAAGGACACUCAAUUCUCCGCGCGGGCGCGGGAAAUCCUACCAGUGUCUUCCGAGGGCUCUUGUCCGUCGUUCUUCCAGACUACAUUUCCCAGGAGACUUCGCGGCCUAGACCUUCUUUGGUCUUCCGCCUAAUACAUUUCCCAGAAAGAGUUGCGGCAGCCACGGACCUUGUUAUACAGAGUCUAACGCUGCUACUGCGGCUCCCGGAGUCCAUUGCGGCUGAGAGCGGCCACUACAUUUCCCAGGAGUCUCAGCAGCGACACCGACCGGAAGCGGCGGGCGAAUUGGGUGUCCUUGCGCGGCGAGUGAAGCGGGAGACCAACCAUGGUGGCUCGAGUGUGGUCGCUAAUGAGGUUCCUCAUCAAAGGAAGUGUAGCUGGAGGGGCAGUCUACCUUGUUUAUGACCAAGAGCUGCUGGGGCCUAGUGACAAGAGUGAGGCUGCCCUGCGGAAGGCCGAGGAGGUUGUGCCACCAGCAAUGUACCAGUUCAGCCAGUAUGUGUGCCAGCAGACAGGUCUGGAGAUGCCACAGCUCCCAACCCCUCCAAAGAUUAACUUUCUGAACUUCCGUGAUUCCUGGAACUCAGGCAUCAUCUCGGUCAUGGCAGCCUUGUCUGUGGCCCCCUCCAAGGCCCGAGAAUACUCCAAGGAAGGCUGGGAGUACCUCAAAGAACACAGCAAGUAAUGGAUGCCACCUGCUCCAGCGUUGUGAGGGUUAAGACCAGGAUGCCACAGACAUCCCAGUGGGGAACUCAAUUUGAGGGCAGCUUCCAGCAUUGCUGGCCCAAUAAAGGACUUGGGAAUGGUCCCCAAU